GCAAAAAGUUCGGGUUAUUACAAGUGGUAUCAGAACCUCUUGCCUUUCCUCUUUAAUUAUGGUGGACAAACCUCAACGAGGAUGUUGAGUCUGAAGGGAAGUAUGUAACACCUUAGGCGAAUACCACAUCGACAAAGUACGUGAGAAAUUCAUGAUUCAUAAGUAAGAAACCGAUCUUAGCUAACAAGACACUUUUUAGGAUGAAAUGAAGGAGUUCUUGUGAAAACUCGAGAGUUAAACUUGCUCAGAACAAUGCAAGGAUGAGUGAUUUUAUAAGAAGUCAUCUGGACAGUAAUCUAAAUGUAAUUCCACUUAAUUAAAAAUAAGAUUUAGAAACGAUCAAUAUUCUUUAUUUUUUAUCACACUCUCGUACCUGCUUGGACUGCUUUCCUCUUUAACUAUGUUGGAAAAACCUCAAUGAGGACGUUGAGUUCAAAGGGAGGUGUGUAACACCUUAUGCGAAUACCACAUCGACAAAGUACGUAAGAAAUUCAUGAUUCAUAAUUAAGAAAUCGAUCUUAACUAACAAGAUAUUUUUUAGGAUGAAAUGAAAGAAUUUUUAUGAGAAAUCGAGAGUUAAACUUGCUCGGAGCAAUGCAAGAUGAAUGAUUUCAUAAGAAGUCACUGGAUAGUAAUCUAAAUUUAAUUCAAAUUCAAAUUAACUAAAAAUAAGAUUAAGAAACGAUUAAUAUUCUUUUUUAUCACACUCUCGUACCUGCUUGGACCGUUUGUGAGUUGUGACCACGAGAGAGAGGGAUUUGAGAUUUUGGGAUUGGGAGGACACGACGCCGUGCGCUGAGACAGUAAAAAGCUUCAAAGGUCAGUCGCCUUGGCGGCGGCCGGCGGUGGAGAUAGAGAAGUAGAAGGAUGGAAGAUCUAAGCGAAGAAGAGAGAAAGGCUCUGAGAGGAAGCAAAUUCGCGCCUCUCCCUCCUCCUCCUUCCCGCUCUAACCAGUCCAGGUUAGCGCACCCCGGGGGGCCGUUGAAGACGAACAAAGCCGUGGCGCUCGCCAAGUUCUUGGAGAGAAAGCUUCAGGAGCCUAAUGGCUUGGCUUCCAUUGAUCCCGACCUCGUUGAAAUGGCAGUCAAGAAUGCCAAAAGUACCGUUUCUUCCGCUGGAGCUUCGACCUCUGGCAGAGUUGUUCGUCAUGUGAGCUCCUUCUGUGACUCUGAGGAGGACUCCAGCCAGGAAGGAGAUGCUGGGAAAAAGAAGAAACGAAAGCGAAACAAGGAAAAGAAGAAGAACAAGAAGAACAAGAAGGGCGCGAAGAAUGUAAACCAGGGAUCAUUUGGAGAAGGGGGCGGAGAGGGAAGUAAUUUGCAGAACAAAGGGAAGAAGGAAAAGAAGAAAAAGAAAAAGAAGCAGAAGAACUAGAAAGGGAUGCCACUUCAAUGCAAUGGCCGCUUUUGUUUUCACUUUUGUUUGCAGAAGAGAUGCUCAUACGAAGCUCUUCUUUCCCCUGCCAAAAUUUUGAGGUAAUUUGGUUCGCCUUAUAUGUUCAACCGAAGAGUUGAGUUUCUAAUGACAGAAAUUAUCCAAGGCAUUUGGUGCUUGUGUUGAGGUUGAUUAGUUAGAUGAACUGAACUUGUAUGUCAAUUAGAUUAGUUUGCAAUAUAGUUUGUUUGUCUUGAAGCUGAAGGGAAGAAUGUGCACACUGAUAAACUAUACCUAAAUACUUUACAAAUAUAGCUAUUAUCUGACCGAAGUAUAGGGAUGACUAUUAAACCUGCGAUCGUGGAUUUAGAUCUUCCCCGUCCUGGAAUUCUUCAUAUUGAUUGGAUGUGGGUUUUGAUGGAGAUGGAGCGGGUAUAGUUUUAAAUUUCCCACCCUCAACUCCACCUCCACCCCAUACGACUAUACGAGUACUCACACCUGUCUCAUAAAGAGUAGUUCUUCAUAUACAAAGUAUAUAUCGACGAUAUUGUAAUCUAUCGAGUAAUUCAAUAAAUAAUAAAUAAAUAAAUAGUUGAGAUGUAC